UCAAAAAACUUACAGCACCAACAAAAGAAAGAAAAAGAACAAACCUCACCAGUCGCCACAUUAAGUAAACAAUGGCAACAAUCAGUUUUGCAAAGAGUGCUGCAGUAAUGAACAUCUCCGGUUCAUUCCCUCAAACCCCAUCUAUUUAUACCUCUCCAUCAUCGGUCUCAUUCCGUAAAGUCUCAAGAGUUGGCUUCUCCUCUUAUUCAAGUUUCAACCCCAAUCAAGAUAGGAACACAGUGGCAAAAGAAAUGAAAUGCAGAGCAAGUGAAGAUUCACUGGUUGGUCAAGCAGGAGAAAAAUUAGAUGAGGGCGUUGCCAAAGCAACAGAACUAGCUGAUAGUGCAAAAGCAAAAGCGACAGAAGAUAUUGAAACAACCAGCACGAAAUCAGGGGAAUUACAAGCCGAUGCCAAAGAUAUUGCUGGUUCCUUGAAAGAUAACAUAGCUGAAGGAACGGAGAAGGCAACCGAGAGUGCAUCUAAAUUUGGUGAGCAAGCUAAAGAGAGUGUACUGGAUGCAGGAGAGAAAGCCAAAGAAAAUGCGACCACUGCUUGGGAAGCUACUAAAGAUGCAGCACAAAAUAUCAAAGAUGCUGUUGUUGGUAAAGAAUAAAAUACAUGAUAGCAUUGUUGUGUUGUGUAGUUUUCUCGAUUAACACUUGUGAACAACAUAAAGAAAAAAUAUUUUAACUUGAAUUUGUUCCAUCAUGUAGCACCCAGUAGUAGUACUGUCAUAUCUAGUUGAAUCUUGCGAUUUGAGAUAAUAUUAUAUCGUGUUUUGAGUUCCUAA